UGUUAGUACUUAUGGAUAAGAGGAAAUGGAAGUGAGUGGAAGGAGCUGUGGCGUUUUGGGCCUCCCUUAUUGUGUACCUGUGAGAAAAAAUGGAAGGAGGUUUGUGACAACUUUGGCUAAAAGGAAUGAGUCUCAAGAGAAGAGUAAGGGACCCUCUUUCACACUGAGGGUUUCCAAGUCAACUAUCGCUCGUGGUGCCAUUGGACUGUUUGGAUUGGGGUUCGUCGAUGCCGGGUACAGCGGAGACUGGUCGAGGAUCGGAGUGAUAACACCGCAGACUGAGGAUUUGCUUAAGCUUGCAGCUUUUCUCGUGGUUCCCUUGUGUAUUUUUCUAAUUUUUUUUCUGCCCAGCGAGCAAAAUUCUUGAAUUCUUCUACUGGAAUUUAUUGAGUUUGGUUGAAUAUCUUGUAUACUUGGGGUUUAAAACUCAAUGGAAUACAAUAGUCGAUCUAAAUCUCAAAUCAUAGUUGAGAUAUGUCUACAAGUGAAGUUGUAUUUCAGAUAGAUCCUUCAACGCCAAUCCACUAAUUUGUUGCUUACUAUUAA